GCGGUCGGUACGGCGGUCGGCACGCAGGAUAUCGAACGGCGGUCGGCAUGGCGGUCGGCACAACGGUCGGCACGCAGGAUAUCGAACAGCGGUCGGCACGGCGGUCGGCACGCAGGAUAUCGAACGGCGGUUUGGCAUAGCGGUCGGCGCCCUGGUUAUUGAACGGUGGUCGGUACAGCGGUCUGCGCCCUGGAUAUCGAACUGCGGUUGGCACGGCGGUCGGCACGGCGGUCGGCACGGCGGUCGGCACGGCGGUCGGCACGGCGGUCGGCGCCCUGGUUAUCGAACUGCGGUCGGUACAGCGGUCGGCAUGGCGGUUCGGCACAGCGGUCGGAGCCCAGGAUAUUCAACGGCGGUUGCAGAUAUCGUAGUUAUCCUGGCCAUCGCAAGCACAUCGCAGAUAUCGCAGGCAAUGCAGUAUGCAGGCGUUGCUCGCCUGCGUAAGGUGUUUUAGCGGGCCCGACAUACGCAACAGAGGAGAUGCCUAAAAAGGAAGUA